GGUUGGCUGACGCUUUCGGCCACGCCCUCUCCUGAGAGGGGCGGGAGCCGCGCGCAGAUCCCACGUGUGACGCUAGCGCUCCCGCUUCGGUAAUAUUCCUUGAGCUGGGGCUGCAGUGCCCGUGUAUGUUUGUAUGCGUGUGUUUGGAGUUGGUUGGGCUUUGAGCUAUGGAAGCGGACGCGAGUCAACUCACCUCUGGAAGCCCGAAUGAUUCGCAGCACGACCCGGGUAAAAUGUUUAUCGGUGGCCUCAGCUGGCAAACCUCACCAGACAGCCUUAAAGACUAUUUCAGUAAAUUCGGGGAGAUCAGAGAAUGUAUGGUGAUGCGCGACCCCACAACCAAACGCUCCAGAGGGUUUGGCUUCAUUACGUUUGCAGAUGUUUCCAGUGUAGAUAAAGUCUUAGCACAACCACACCACGAAUUAGACUCCAAGACGAUUGAUCCUAAGGUCGCCUUUCCUCGACGUGCUCAACCCAAGAUGAUAACAAGUGUGUGA